AUGUCGGUGCUGAAUUCACGUGUGUGUGUUCCAUUAGAGAAGACGUGUGAUCACUACCGACUGCCCUUCAAAACCGACUGUGAGGAGCUUCUGGGCCGCUUUCAGCAAACAGAGUCGGUUCGAUAUGAAGUAUUUUCUGCUAUCUGGAGAGAAAUGAACUUCUCAAGUGUGUUUUUUGGAAACCAAACAGGCCAUGAGAAGAGAUCCUUCACUCGCCUUACUUUUACAACGGUCUACAAUUACUUUCUACCACCGUACAGCUUUCAAAUUCGAGUGGGGGCCAUGUAUAUGAUCUAUGGGCUUUACAACACACAACUUGUUUGGCCUAAAGAAACGAUCAGGGUUGCUCUUAAGGAUUGGUAUGAAGUUCAGAAGCUUAUCUCGGAGGCAAAAAGUUGCCAGCAUCUGGAUGUUGUUUACAUCUUUAGGAGACUUUUGUCUGAUAAAGUCUUUACUUUCACCGCCAUGCCCAAACAGCUAACAUUUGAAGCAAGUCAACGGAUUCAACAUGAUGUGAAUGAAGAGUUUCGGGCCCGUAGUGACAGAGUGGCCGAACUUGCUUCCUUUGAAAUGCAGGAAGAGGUUGCAAAUGUGCACAAUCACUAUGAGAGAAUGAAGGCAUCAUCAGUGCCCACAUCAGUUGGAGUGACUCUGCUUAACCUGACAAGUUUACUUCAAAAAUCCACUCUUGAGUACCAGAAUUGGCAGCACAAAAACACAGCUGCAAAAGAUAAAGACUCUAAAAAGACUGAAACCACUCAGAAGUCAGAGUCCAGUGACCGAGCAGAUCUGCUUGCUGCCAUCAAGUCCAAAUCAUAUGGUCAUCUGUCAAAGGAAUCUAAAUCUAGGCGCCACAGACAGAAAAAGAUGCUCGUGUCAGGA